CCGCGAAGGUCCCCCAGGGCUCCCUGUGCAGUGCUGACAUGGCUGAGAGCACCUCACCGCCCUCCUCAUCUGCAGCGGCAGCACCAGCCUUGGAGCCAGGGAUCACAGAGCAGCCGGGGCCCCGGAGCCCCCCUCCAUCCCCUCCGGGCCUGGAGGAGACCCUAGAUGGAGCAGAUCCCGAAGUCCCACACCCAGACCUGGCACCUGUUGCCUUCUUCUGCCUGAGACAGACCACCAGCCCCCGGAACUGGUGCAUCAAGAUGGUGUGUAACCCGUGGUUUGAGUGUGUCAGCAUGCUGGUGAUCCUGCUGAACUGCGUGACCCUGGGCAUGUACCAGCCGUGCGACGACAUGGAUUGCCUGUCGGACCGCUGCAAGAUCCUGCAGGUCUUUGAUGACUUCAUCUUCAUCUUCUUUGCCAUGGAGAUGGUGCUCAAGAUGGUGGCCCUGGGCAUUUUUGGCAAGAAGUGCUACCUCGGGGACACCUGGAACCGGCUGGAUUUCUUCAUUGUCAUGGCCGGGAUGGUCGAGUACUCCCUGGAUCUUCAGAACAUCAACCUGUCAGCCAUUCGCACCGUGCGUGUCCUGAGGCCCCUCAAAGCCAUCAACCGUGUGCCCAGCAUGCGGAUUCUGGUAAACCUGCUCCUGGACACGCUGCCCAUGCUGGGCAAUGUCCUCCUGCUCUGCUUCUUUGUCUUCUUCAUCUUCGGCAUCAUCGGUGUGCAGCUGUGGGCCGGCCUGCUUCGCAACCGCUGCUUCCUGGAGGAGAACUUCACCAUACAAGGGGAUAUGGCCCUGCCACCCUAUUACCAGCCGGAGGAGGAUGAUGAGAUGCCCUUCAUCUGCUCCCUGUCGGGUGACAAUGGCAUCAUGGGCUGCCAUGAGAUCCCCCCACUCAAGGAGCAGGGCCGAGAGUGCUGCCUGUCUAAGGAUGACAUCUAUGACUUUGGACCGGGGCGCCAGGACCUCAAUGCCAGUGGCCUCUGUGUCAACUGGAACCGCUACUACAACGUGUGCCGGACAGGCAGUGCCAACCCCCACAAGGGCGCCAUCAACUUUGACAACAUUGGGUACGCCUGGAUCGUCAUCUUCCAGGUAAUCACUCUGGAAGGCUGGGUGGAGAUCAUGUACUACGUGAUGGACGCACACUCCUUCUAUAACUUCAUCUAUUUUAUCCUGCUUAUCAUCGUGGGCUCCUUCUUCAUGAUCAACCUGUGCCUCGUUGUCAUAGCAACCCAGUUCUCGGAGACCAAGCAGCGGGAGCACCGGCUGAUGCUGGAGCAGCGGCAGCGUUACCUGUCCUCCAGCACAGUGGCCAGCUAUGCCGAACCCGGGGACUGCUACGAGGAGAUCUUCCAGUACGUCUGCCACAUCCUGCGCAAGGCCAAGCGCCGUGCCCUGGGCCUCUACCAGGUCCUGCAGAGCAGGCGCCAGGCCCAGGGCCCAGGGGCACCGGCCCCUUCCAAGCCCGGGCCCCACGCCAAGGAGCCCAGGCACUGCAAGCUGUGCCUGAGACAUAGCCCCCUGGACCCAACACCCCACACGUUGGUGCAGCCCAUCUCUGCCAUGCUGUCCUCCGACCCCACCAGCUGCCCGCACUGCCAGCAUGGGACCGGCCGGCGGCCCUCGGGUCCAGGCAGCACCGAUUCUGGCCAGGAGGGCUCAGGCUCUGGUGGUUCAGGUGGUGACGAGGCGGAGGCCGACGGGGACGGGCCCCGGAGCAGCGAGGAUGGGGUUUCCUCAGGCCUAGGGAAGGAGGACGAGGAGGAACAGGAGGAUGAGGCUGCCCAUCUGUGUGGGGACGUGUGGCGGGAGACUCGAGCCAAGCUGCGGGGCAUCGUGGACAGCAAGUACUUCAACCGGGGCAUCAUGAUGGCCAUCCUGGUGAACACCGUCAGCAUGGGCAUCGAGCACCACGAGCAGCCCGAGGAGCUGACCAACAUCCUGGAGAUCUGCAAUGUGGUCUUCACCAGCAUGUUCGCCCUUGAGAUGAUCCUGAAGCUGGCGGCCUUCGGGCUCUUCGAUUACCUGCGGAACCCAUACAACAUCUUCGACAGCAUCAUCGUCAUCAUCAGCAUCUGGGAGAUUGUGGGGCAGGCGGACGGCGGGCUGUCGGUGCUGCGGACCUUCCGGCUGCUGCGGGUGCUGAAGCUGGUGCGGUUCAUGCCCGCGCUGCGGCGCCAGCUGGUGGUGCUCAUGAAGACCAUGGACAACGUGGCCACUUUCUGCAUGCUGCUCAUGCUGUUCAUCUUCAUCUUCAGCAUCCUUGGGAUGCACAUCUUUGGCUGCAAGUUCAGCCUCCGCACCGACACGGGAGACACAGUCCCUGACAGGAAGAACUUUGACUCUCUGCUGUGGGCCAUCGUCACGGUGUUCCAGAUCCUCACCCAGGAGGACUGGAACGUCGUCCUCUAUAAUGGCAUGGCCUCCACCUCCCCCUGGGCCUCCCUGUACUUUGUUGCUCUCAUGACCUUCGGCAACUAUGUGCUCUUCAACCUGCUGGUGGCCAUCCUGGUGGAGGGCUUCCAGGCUGAGGGUGAUGCCAACCGCUCCUACUCAGAUGAAGACCGGAGCUCAUCCAACAUGGAGGAGUUGGACAAACUCCAGGAGGGCCUGGACAGCAGCGGAGAUCUCAAGCUCUGCCCAAUCCCCAUGACCCCUAAUGGGCACUUGGACCCCAGUCUCCCACUGGGUGGGCAUCUGGGCCCCUCUGGGGCUGCAGACCCCGCUGCCCGCCUCUCCCUGCAGCCAGACCCCAUGCUGGUGGCCCUGGACUCCCGCAAGAGCAGCGUCAUGUCUCUGGGGAGGAUGAGCUAUGAUCAGCGCUCCCUGUCCAGGAGGGCGGCGGGCCCGGGCCCCGGCCACGAGGAUUGCAAUGGCAAAAUGCCCAGCAUCGCCAAGGACGUCUUCACCAAGAUGGACGACUGCCGGGACCGUGGGGAGGACGAGGAGGAGAUCGACUACACCCUGUGCUUCCGCGUCCGAAAGAUGAUGGAUGUCUACAAGCCCGACUGGUGUGAGGUCCGCGAGGACUGGUCCGUCUACCUCUUCUCUCCUGAGAACAGGUUCCGGGUCCUAUGUCAGACUGUCAUUGCCCACAAGCUCUUUGACUAUGUGGUCCUGGCCUUCAUCUUCCUGAACUGUAUCACCAUUGCCCUGGAGCGGCCCCAGAUCGAGGCGGGCAGCACGGAACGCAUCUUCCUUACUGUGUCCAACUACAUCUUCACAGCCAUCUUCGUGGGCGAGAUGACACUGAAGGUGGUGUCCCUGGGCCUGUACUUCGGGGAGCAGGCGUAUCUGCGCAGCAGCUGGAACGUGCUGGACGGCUUCCUCGUCUUCGUAUCCAUCAUCGACAUCGUUGUAUCCGUGGCCUCUGCUGGGGGAGCCAAGAUCCUGGGAGUCCUCCGGGUUCUGCGGCUUCUGCGUACCCUGCGCCCCCUUCGUGUCAUCAGCCGGGCCCCUGGGCUGAAGCUGGUGGUGGAGACACUCAUCUCGUCCCUCAAGCCCAUUGGCAACAUUGUGCUCAUCUGCUGUGCCUUCUUCAUCAUCUUCGGCAUCCUGGGGGUGCAGCUCUUCAAGGGCAAAUUCUACCACUGUCUGGGUGUGGACACUCGUAACAUCACCAACCGCUCUGACUGCGUGGCCGCCAACUACCGCUGGGUCCACCACAAAUACAACUUCGAUAACCUGGGCCAGGCUCUGAUGUCCCUCUUUGUCCUGGCCUCCAAGGAUGGCUGGGUGAACAUCAUGUACAACGGGCUGGACGCUGUGGCUGUGGACCAGCAGCCCGUGACCAACCACAACCCCUGGAUGCUGCUGUACUUCAUCUCCUUCCUGCUCAUCGUCAGCUUCUUCGUGCUCAACAUGUUCGUGGGCGUCGUGGUUGAGAACUUCCACAAGUGCCGGCAGCACCAGGAGGCCGAGGAGGCGCGGAGACGGGAGGAGAAGCGGCUGCGGCGCCUGGAGAAGAAGCGCCGUAAAGCCCAGAGGCUGCCCUACUACGCUACCUACUGCCCCACCCGGCUGCUCAUCCACUCCAUGUGUACCAGCCACUACCUGGACAUCUUCAUCACCUUCAUCAUCUGCCUCAAUGUGGUCACCAUGUCCCUGGAGCACUACAACCAGCCCACGUCCCUGGAGACGGCCCUCAAGUACUGUAACUACAUGUUCACCACUGUCUUUGUGCUGGAGGCUGUGUUGAAGCUGGUGGCCUUUGGCUUGCGGCGCUUUUUCAAGGACCGGUGGAACCAGCUGGACUUGGCCAUUGUGCUGCUGUCCGUCAUGGGCAUCACGCUGGAAGAGAUCGAGAUCAACGCAGCACUGCCCAUCAACCCCACCAUCAUCCGCAUCAUGCGGGUCCUGCGCAUCGCCCGGGUGCUGAAGCUGUUGAAGAUGGCCACAGGGAUGCGGGCGCUGCUGGACACGGUGGUGCAGGCUCUGCCCCAGGUGGGCAACCUGGGCCUCCUCUUCAUGCUGCUCUUCUUCAUCUAUGCUGCCCUGGGUGUGGAGCUCUUUGGGAAGCUGGUCUGCAAUGAUGAGAACCCGUGCGAGGGCAUGAGCCGGCACGCCACCUUCGAGAACUUUGGCAUGGCCUUCCUCACACUCUUCCAGGUCUCCACAGGCGACAACUGGAAUGGGAUCAUGAAGGACACGCUGCGGGACUGCACCCAGGACGAGCGCAGCUGCCUGAGCAGCCUGCAGUUCGUGUCGCCGCUGUACUUCGUCAGCUUCGUGCUCACCGCCCAGUUCGUGCUCAUCAACGUGGUGGUGGCUGUGCUCAUGAAGCACCUGGACGACAGCAACAAAGAGGCCCAGGAGGACGCGGAGAUGGACGCCGAGAUCGAGCUGGAGAUGGCCCACGGCCUGGGCCCUAGCCCUCGGCCGCCAGUUGCCUCCCCAGGCGCUCCCGGCCGAGGACCCGGAGUGGCCGGCAGCAGCGGGGGCGACAGCGAGGGUCGCCGAUGCCGGCGCUGCUACUCUCCAGCCCAGGAGACCCUGUGGCUGGACAGCGUCUCUUUAAUCAUCAAGGACUCCUUGGAGGGGGAGCUGACCAUCAUUGACAACCUGUCUGGCUCCAUCUUCCAUCACUAUGCCUCGCCCUCGCCCGCCGGCUGCAAAAAAUGUCACCAUGACAGGCAGGAGGUGCAGCUGGCGGAGACGGAGGCCUUCUCCCUGAACUCAGACAGGUCCUCGUCCAUCCUCCUGGGUGAUGACCUGAGUCUCGAGGACCCCCCAGCCUGUCCGCCUGGCACCAAAGACAGCAAGGGUGAGCCGGACCUCUCCGAGCCCAUGCGGGUGGGAGACCUGGGCGAAUGCUUCUUCCCCCUGCCCAAAUCAGCUGUCUCCUCGGGAACAGAGAACUUCCUGUGCGAGAUGGAGGCAAUCCCAUUCAACCCUGUCCGGUCCUGGCUGAAGCACGAAAGCAGCCAAGCGCCCCCGAGCCCCUUCUCCCCGGACAUUUCCAGUCCACUCCUGCCCAUGCCUGCUGAGUUCUUCCACCCUGCUGUGUCUGCCAGCCAGAAAGGGCAGGAGAGAGGUGUCGGCGGCGUGGGGACCCUCCCCAAGAUUGCCCUGCAGGGCUCCUGGGCCUCUCUGCGCUCACCCAGCGUCAACUGCACCCUCCUCCGGCAGGCCACCGUGAGUGACACAUCCCUGGAUGCCAGUCCCAGCAGCUCAGCAGGCAGCCUGCAGACGACACUGGAGGACAGCCUGACCCUGAGCGACAGUCCCCGGUGUGCCCUGGGGCCACCGGCACCUGUACCAGGGCCCCGGGCUGGUCUGUCACCAGCCACCCGCCGCCGCCUCAGCCUGCGGGAGAUCACAGUGGCUCCAGGCUCUAGCCCUGCCCGUUGCUCUCCCCAGAUUAACAAGAGCCUCUCCUCUGGAGGCAAGGCCCAGCUCAGCCACACUCAAGGUUAA